AUGGAAAAUAGUACAUUUUCCUGCAAGGAAAGAGUCAAACUGAUGAAUGGACGACAAGGCCCUGGAUAUGAGUUAUGCAGUUUGAUCAAAUGUGGUAGUCACGGUUUCCACAGUGGUGAUGAUGAUAACAGCAAUUCUAAUGAAAAUUUCAAUCUGGGUUUGUUAAAUGUUAGAUCAAUUGCACGUAAUGUUGACGGGAUUUAUGGACUAAUUUGUGAUGGAUUGGAUGUGUUAGUGUUGACUGAAACUUGGCAUGGCUUGCCUGGGAACAACUCUGUCAGUGCUGCUAUGCCACCGGGGUACUGUUACGUGGACUUUGUCAGGCAGCAUGAUCCUGGCCACGGUGGACUGGUCAUAUAUUUCCGCAAAGAGUUUGGUUGCAGAAAGAUAAAUUUGCCUUCAUUUGUAACAACGACAACACAAAAAAGUUUCCCGACAUGCCAACAAGCUCACACACGUGAAAUGAAAUGUGAUCUGAUGCAUUUGCCUCUAAUUGAAUUUAGUGAUACGCAGAUAAUAACUCUCACAACAUUUGGAUUUUCGUGGCAGGCCGAAGAAUCCAUGGACUGCUUGUUUAGGGAAGGAUUCUGA